GUAAUCUUGGAGCACGAAGAUGGCAAGCGCCAUGUGAUCUCUAUAAAAUUCUGGCCAGGAGGAUAGGUGCAUAUAGCCUUGAAGAAACCCUUGCCAGGAAGUCAGUGCCUUUCAUCCUCAUCUAUCAUUGGAAGUAGCAUUGCAGCACUCAUCGAUCUAGCAUAUGAAGGGCGGAAGGAACGAUCUCCUCUCCAAACAACACGACGACCCCAGAGAGAGAUACAAGCUGCUUGCCUCGGCUUUGUACGAGCUCCGCCGAUAGACUAGACCAAAAACCCAUAAAACUUGGUCUAGGGUUAGGGUGAUCCCUAAUCCGCUGUCACCAAGAACGUACAUGUCCUCGUCCGGCACUUGUAGUUACGUCAGGCUCGAACACAGGUCCAAUGGCUUCAAAAACAAUGUGCGUCCUAGGAGAUGCGGACGCCGGAAAGAAGACUCUGACCUGGCACCUGGUCUUCACGUGCGGCGCUUCCCUUCCUGAGAUUGCACCCAUCGAGAAGAGUCGGGUUCGCGAUUAUCGUGGCAUCGCAACGGUUUACCGACAGCAAGGCAGGCCCGUUUCAUUCUACGGCCCCUCGGCCCAAUACACGAUCAUAGGUAACCAUGACUAUCCUCCACAUCCGAAAAAGACUAACCAUUUCACCGAAGACAUUCCUGGAAAUGCCGAUGUUGCCCUCUGGGCUGUAGAUGCGUCUGCUGAUGACUACGGAGCGUGUUCGAGCCAAAGGCUUGCGUCCCUCCUGUCUUCUAGGAAGCUCCGUGUCGAGGAGCAGCUGAUUAUAAUUGCUACUAAAAUAAUCAGCAUUGUGCCAGUUUCUGGCCUACAUGGGGACAACCUUUUUGAGAAGUCAGACAAGGCGGCACACCUCCAGUCUGCGGGCAAGGUAGAGGAGGGAGGGCUUGCAGUCUUGGGUGCGCAGCCCCUGAUGUCGCUGCUGUGA